AUGUCUAGCCCGGACGACCGGGUCGUCCCUGGAUCUCACAACCUCCCUCCAGCGCCAUGGCCAACCGUGGUCCUCCCUUCAACUCAAGCCGAUUCAGACGCGGAGUCGGUCAUUCAGGGCCUUCUCGACCAGCUAAACUACUCUCUCCCGAGGGAUGAGCAUGACAACGUUGCCUCCCUCUUCCUUGCUGAGAAGCCAGAGAACAGCACCAGUGGCAAUGGAGCAUGCGGCUUUUGGCGCGAUCACCUCAUGCUUUCAUGGACGUUGAGAACCCUCAAAGGACGAGAUAACAUCGCGAGAUGGCUCAAAACCGAAACGCUCCAUUGGAAAACCAUCCAGUUCACAAUUGACACUUCCUCACCCUUUCGGAAACCAAAGUUCACAGACUUCAGACCCAAACAAGGUAUCCCAGGUGUCCAGGCGUUUCUCAAAGUAAAAACACUUGUUGGCUGGGGAAGAGGGGUUAUUCGCGCUGUGAAGGUCUCCAGAGAGGUUGGUGGUGCAGAAGAGUGGCAUAUCUGGACUCUGUUUACCUCGCUCGAGGGGAUCUUUAGACACGAAGAGCUCACUGGGCCAAAGAGAAGCAAAGGGCCAGAGCAAGGAGAGGUUGUGGGGAGAAAAACCUGGAAAGAGUUGAGGAAGGCCGAGAUUGAGUUUGAAGGAGUGGAAGGCCCGGAUGUGGUAGUAAUUGGAGCUGGACAGGCUGGACUAACAGCCGCUGCACGCCUGAAGAUGUUAGGAGUCUCAACACUGAUCAUUGAGAAGAACAAGGCUGUAGGAGACAGUUGGCGGAAACGAUACGACCACCUAGUGUUGCACGACCCGGUUUGGUACGACCAUCUACCGUACUAUCCAUUUCCGGAAUCAUGGCCUGUAUUCUCAUCCAAGGAUAAGAUUGCCGACUGGGUCGAGUCAUACGCAAAAGCAUUGGAUCUUGUGGUGUGGACGCAAACGCAGUUGGUAUCAGCUUCGUGGGACGCCUCUGCAAACAGGUGGAUAGUAUCGCUUCGGCGCAGAAACCUUGAGACAGAUGAGGAAAAGAUUCGGGUCUUUCACCCUAAGCACAUUGUUUUUGCUACCGGUCAUCACUCCGGAAAAGCCCCUUUGCCAGACAUCCCUGGAAUCGAUACAUUCCAAGGAGAUCUCCUCUGCCAUUCGUCAGAGUUUCAUCGUGCACCGCUAAACAGCAAAGGCAAAAGCGCGGUCGUGAUAGGGGCGUGCACUUCAGGUCUUGACAUCGCCCAGGAGUUUGCUGAACAAGGGUACGACGUGACUGUGGUGCAGCGGUCAACGACCUACGUGGUAUCAAGCGAUGGGGCUGUGAAACUACUGUAUGGUGGGCUGUAUGAAGAAGGCGGUCCCCCGGUCGAGGAUGGUGAUCUAGCCAUGUGGUCACUUCCAAGCGAAAUUUUGAAGGCGGUUCAGGUUGAUCUGACAGACAUCCUGGCUGAGCGUGACAAGGCCAUUCUCGAUGGCCUGGAGCAUGCCGGGUUCAAGUUAGAUCGUGGCCCGAACGGGGCUGGGCUUGUGUGCAAAUACUUCCAGCGAGGUUGUGGAUACUACAUUGAUGUCGGCGCUGCGCAGAUGAUCGCUGAUGGCAAGAUCAAGGUCAAGCAUGGCGUUGAGCCUGUUGAGGUGCUCCCUUGGGGUGUUAAGCUCUCGGACGGGACCGUUCUGCAAGCUGAUUCGGUUGUCUUUGCCACUGGGUAUGACAAUAUGGGUACUACGGCACGAGAACUGUUGGGAGAUGACUUACCACCCACGUUUCAAGGCAUCUGGGGAUGGAAUGAAGAGGGGGAGAUGAGGGGUGUCUGGGGGCCGACUGGCCACCCGGGGCUUUGGUUCCAUGGAGGCAAUUUUGCGCUCUGCAGAUACUAUUCAAGAUUGAUCGCCUUGCAGAUUAAGGCAAGGUUGAUAGGUCUGAAUCCAGCAUAG